UCAAAACACAUUUUUGGGUGGUACUCAAAGCGUGAUAUGUCUCGACUAUCGGAAAGAUGAUUUUGUUUUGAAGGACAUUUUAUUUAACUACUUUGUGUUGUGUUUUUUGUUGAAAGCUAUCCUGCUGUGGAAAUCCUCGCUUUUCUGCUAAAUGUUUUGUCGUUAUCAUGGUGUUGUCAUACGAAAAGAGUUGGCAUUUUUCACCCAAACCCUCUUUAAUUAAUGGUCUUUUACUAUGGCUUUAGCUUAUUUUAAUUAUUACAAUAGAAAUUGGAGGAAAUAAAGCAAUUAAUCAUGAGUGUUAUGACAACUAGCAGGAUGAUUUGGGAAAGACAUUUAUUUACUCUGGGGCUUCACUGCUUCAGAUGUAGAAUGGGCCAUCACAUGAAGAGACAUUACAGCUUUCUGCCAGAUGAUGUCAAAUCUUUGCGGGCUGUUGUCAACCCUGAUAUAUCAAAGAUUCGGAAUAUUGGCAUCAUGGCCCACAUUGAUGCGGGAAAGACGACAACCACAGAGAGAAUGCUUUACUACUCUGGUUACACGCGAGCUCUUGGAGAUGUUGACGAUGGAGACACAGUCACUGAUUUUAUGGCUCAAGAACGGGAGCGUGGCAUAACCAUACAAUCAGCAGCCGUUACGUUUGAUUGGAAGAGUCACAGAAUAAACCUCAUAGACACACCAGGACAUGUCGACUUCACACUUGAGGUGGAGCGGGCACUUCGUGUUCUGGAUGGUGCUGUCGCAGUAUUUGAUGCCUCUGCAGGGGUUGAGGCACAGACACUGACUGUGUGGAGACAAGCUGAAAAACACCACAUUCCCUGUGUCUGUUUUUUGAAUAAGAUGGACAAACCAACGGCUAAUCUGAGAUUUUCUAUUGAUAGCAUUAAACAGAAGCUCAAAGCCAACCCAGUCCUCCUGCAGAUUCCCAUCGGCAGUGGGAGGGACUUCACUGGUGUAGUCGAUCUGAUAACAAAGCAGAAACUGACGUGGAAGUUGAAAUCGUCAGUAUUAGUUGACGAUGGACGGAAGUUUGCAACAGAAUCUGUAAACGGCUAUGAUGAGCCAGGACUGAUGAAGGACAUCAGUGAGGCCAGGGCGGCAUUACUGGAGCAGGUUGCUGAUCUGGAUGACGAGUUUGCUGAACUGUUGCUAAAUGAUUUUAGUGACAAUUUUGAUGCCGUUCCCUCUGCCAAGGUACAAGAGGCUGUACGGCGGCUGACUCUGGCCCGUAAAGGUGUCCCUGUUCUCUGUGGGAGCUCUUUAAAGAACAAGGGUGUCCAGCCUCUUCUGGACGCUAUCAUCGACUACCUGCCUGCUCCUAAUGAACGACUGCACGACUUAGUGCGCUGGUACAAGGACGACUUGUGUGCUCUGGCCUUCAAGGUUGUCCAUGAGAAGCAGCGCGGCCCUGUGGUGUUUCUCCGAAUUUACUCGGGUACAUUGAAACCACAGACGGCUGUCCACAACAUCAACAGGAACAGCACUGAAAGGAUGACUAGGUUGCUGGUGCCAUUUGCUGAUCAACAUGUAGAAGUCGCCUCUAUGACUGCAGGGAACAUUGCAAUGACUGUAGGACUCAAACAGACAGUGACAGGUGACACCAUCGUGUCAUCCAAAGCCUCCGCUGCGGCUGCAGCUCGCCGAGCGCAAACCGAGGCCGGUGGGCUGAAGAAACUCAAGGAGCAAAGAGACGUGAUACUAUCUGGAGUGGAGGUCCCUGAGCCAGUUUUCUUUUGCACAAUAGAACCUCCCACCAUGGCCAAACAGGCUGAUCUCGAGAAUGCACUUCAUUGCCUCCAGAGAGAAGAUCCCAGUUUGAAAGUGAGGAUUGACCCCGACUCUGGCCAGACUAUUUUAUGUGGAAUGGGAGAGCUGCACAUAGAGAUUAUCCAUGAUCGAAUCAGAAGAGAGUACAGAAUCGAGACUCACCUUGGACCACUGCAGGUGGCCUACAGGGAGACUGUCCUUCAUGAGGCCUCUGCUGAAGAUACACUGGAUCGUACUAUCGGGGAGAGAAGACAUGUGGUGACGGUAAAACUGGAGGUCAAACCUGCGGACACGUCCUCUGCAGACGGUUCGUGUGACUCAUCGACCUUUGCAGAGAAAGCUGCAGAACAGUUAUCGGAGGAAAUGAAAGAGGCAGUGAGAAACGGAGUACAAAGCUCAUACCUUCAAGGUCCAUUACUCGCUUACCCAGUACAGGGUGUAACUACACUGAUCCAAAGUGUCAGGGUGGAGCCAGGAACAUCUCCGGCCAUGGUCUCUGCCUGCGUGUCCCGCUGCAUGCUCAAGGCACUGAAGCUCGCCGGAGGUCAACUCUUAGAGCCUGUGAUGUCACUGGAGGUGACAGUGAGGGAGGAGUACCUCAGCUCUGUGCUGGGAGACUUGGCCCAGAGACGUGGUACUGUCAGAGACAUCCAGAGUCGCCAUGACGACAAGGUGCUGCUAGCUACCGUGCCCUUAGCGGAAAUAAUGGGCUAUUCCACCGUCCUGCGAUCCCUAACAUCUGGAAACGCCACAUGUUCUCUGGAGCUGGACACUUACGAGGCCAUGAACCCUCAGGACCAAAACAUGCUGCUGAAGAAAAUGGGUGGGUUUUGAUUCCUGAUGCAGUGAAGCUGAAGAUUAGUGGGAUAGGAAGACUGGCCGUCAGUGACAUGGACACUGCUUCAGCCAAAACAGACUUUCUCUGUGACAUCAGAUCUGUAGGUCUGUAAUGUCAAAGACCUUAAAAGGAAUAAAAUGGACACGUGUUUAACUUCCAUAAUACUUGAACAGCAGAGCAGCAAUCAGAGUAUUUCAUUUUAUCUAUUUAUUCACAAUCAAUUAUACAAACAGGUAUAAAACAAGAUUGUUACAGCAAAUUCUGGAUUUUCUAUUUUUACUGCAGCAGAUUAAAAAAACAUUGUCAAAAUGUUCAAUGCAAAAAGGUUUCCAUGUAGCAGGUGUUGAUUUGUUAGUGUAU